AUGGAGCAGAAACAGAUUCAGCACGAGCAGGACCAGUAUUUUGCGAUUAUUCCUGAGAUGGAUGAAGCUGUGGCCCCCGACGGUGAUAGUGUGAGCUUACCUCCUGCGGAUAUUGAUGGCCAGCCAUCUAUUGAGCUGGAAGCCCACGCUAUUUGGACGGCUAUGGUGUGGUUGGCCAUGAUCAGCCAGUUGUCCGUGAUUCACCAGAUUGGGGUGUUUGUGUGGUUGGAAGUUAUCUGGAUUGAGCAGCAUCAGACGCGGUACACUCUGUUAGAGGUGUACCAGGAUGAGGAGUUAAUUGUGAAGCAGGUGUGGCUGUGGCAGGAGAUGUUGAUGUUUUUUUGGCGUACACAGCAGCCGCACGAGUGGACUAGUCCCUCGUAUCGAUUCACGCGACGACAGCGCAUGGCAUGGGAGCGGUUGGUCGACGUGGUGUGGAUUCCACCCACCCGCCAGGUGAGCAAGGGUAAGGUGAUCACGCGAUCCGGGGCCACGCGGGUACCGUGGGUGGAGGAAGAGGAGGAAGAGGAGGAGGAGGAGGAGGAGGAGGAGGAGGAGGAGGAGGAGGAGGAGGAGGAGGAGGAGGAGGAGGAGAGAGACACCAUGUCGAUUGAUUCGUUGUCUGUGGACAGCAACGAACCCGAUUUUUUCAAUGAUAGGAGUGACGGGAUAGAGAAGACGAUGGAGGAGAUAGCUAUAGGGAGAACAGUUAAUAUGGAUGCCAUAUUUGAUAUUGAGCGCCCCCCGGAGAAUGAGGAGGAAGCCAGCAACAUCACCAUGCCACCAUUGAGCCCCAUAGAGCGGGCGUGUUUGGAUUUUUGCAUCGAAUUGUUGAACCAGCGCAUUACUCGACAGGAGUACAAUAGUGUAUUAGUGUGUGCCGUAGCUGUAUUAGGAGUUCGUGAGGGUGGUUUCCAUAUACCUGAGGAUUACCCAUCUAACCAAAAUACCUGA